UCUAAAAAAUUACGUUAAAUUUACAUAAUUAAAGAUUAAAACUUUUUCACCUAAUUCCAUUAAAAGGUUUGAGUACUUAAAAUUAUUCAGCGAAAAUGUUUCGAGAACUCUUCACCAACCAGGACGACCGCAAUGAGAUCACGCAGCUCCGGAAACGUCAACAGUAUGAAGAAGAACGUAAGGAACGCAUUUUUAAUGCAAAACAACGUCUUUAUGGGGUGGACGUACCAGGUCUCGAGCUCCAAAUAAAAGAUAAAAACAAAAUUAAAACCCUAAAAAGGGAACAAGACGAGCGUUUCAUAGCUCAAGAGCAAGCGCGCAAUGACUUGAUCAGUACUUAUGCACGUGAAGAAGAAAUUUUGCGUAAAAAACAAAUACUUGAGCUGGACACAUUUCGUAAAACUUACCAACGUCCAGAGCAGAGACGCGAAUUCGAUAUUAAUGAUCCGAUGAUGCUGAAGAACGCUAAGAAUAUACGUGAUGGCGAUAAUGAUAGAAACUUGGGCUUGGGUAGCGCACAAGUAUUCGAAGGUGAAGAUAUAAAUUUUGCUGAUCGCAGAAGGGCACAAGGUGAACAACAACGUUCCUGGUUGAAUCAGCAAAUUGAUGAACGUAUCGCAGCUGAAAAGGAUCGUGAAAUCGCUCACAAAGCUUUGGAAGAAGCAACUCUUUCUUGCGAUAAAGUACUUGGUAACUAUUACGUUGAGGAUCUGAAACUGCGACAGGAAGAGUUUUUUAAAGUGCUUAACUAUAACAAGGAAAUGGCGGAAAAAAGAAAAUUCAAAGACGAACAGCGUAAGAAGGAAAACCGAGAAGAUGAUUUGGCUGAAAUUUAUAACAUUCUAACUAGUGAUAUGUUCAGUGGUAAUUCAAAAGGUCGUAAUAAUUUCAGCGAUAUAGAAAUGACCCGAUUUUAUGAAGAGCGUCGUAAACAGAGAGAGGAGUACAAUAAAAAGAAGAGUGAUGCUGGUCUGUUGAAUAAACAAUGGGAGGAAUUUACCAUUCAUUGGAAUAAUAUUGGAAUACUAAAGCAAUUGGAACAAGAUCGUAAGGCAAAGCAUCUAUUCAUGGAAACUACACGCUAUAACCUCAACAUGGCUAAGGAGAAGUUGGAGCAGAAAGAACAUGAGAGACAAACAUUCCGUAAUGUUAUCACUCCAGACUUUUUCGCACAGUUCAAUAAAAACUCACGUUGAACACAAAUUUAAGUGCAAAUAUCACAACUUUUUGUCAAAUUAUAUUUUUUAUUAAUAAAUUUGAGUGCUCCCAAAGACUCUCCUACUUUAUUGGUAAAAAAUAUAAUUUACUGGAAGAUUUUCUGCGCUGCGUGAAAAUUUUGUCAAUAACGUUAAGAUAUGUUUUUCACCCAUGGACUCUAUAUAUUUUGUACACUUCUUGAUUGUUCGAGUUUUUCG